GCGUUUGUAAUGCUCGAGCGUGUGUGUGUGUGUGUAUGUGAUAAGGAGGUGGGGGUGAGAGACCCCGUUGUGUUUUGACCCCCUAAACAACUCCCAUUCUCCAUCUCUCACUCUCUCUCUGGUUUAAAGCUCCAUCGCUCAUCGUGGGGAGACGCAUUCGAGCCCAACGCGUCGCUUCAUAGACAUCAGUAGCGCGAAAAGGACCCGACAUCAUCCCAAACGCGCCGCUAAUGCUGGAUACUCGGCCCGGUUCACGCUUCUGCUGCUACGUUCUUAUUAAGUUAUUGUAGAGUAUCUCCCGGUCUGACGUGUGUUGUCCUCCGUCAGUGAGUGUGUGAGCUCGGCUUCCGUAUCGCAUGGAUAAGAGGUAUGAGGAGUUGGUGCAGUACCCAGGCUCUGACGCCAUGCCUGUGGGAGGCUACAGGGACACCAUGAGGUCACUUCCUCCACCUCACUAUGGCCACACUGUGCCUGACUCUCUGAAACACCACCGGGACCAGAUCUAUGGUCAUCCUCUGUUUCCUCUCCUGGCUCUCGUAUUUGAAAAGUGUGAACUUGCCACUUGCUCACCACGAGACUCCACCUCCAUGUCAAACCCCGCCCACCUCCCUGGGAUGACCAAUCACAGUGAUGUCUGCUCCUCUGACUCGUUCAACGAUGAUAUUGCAGCCUUUGCCAAACAAAUUCGAUCAGAGAAACCCAUAUUUUCAUCAAAUCCAGAACUGGAUAAUCUGAUGAUCCAGGCCAUUCAAGUUUUACGGUUUCAUCUAUUAGAACUAGAAAAGGUUCAUGACCUCUGUGAUAAUUUCUGCCAUCGCUACAUCACCUGUCUAAAGGGUAAGAUGCCCACUGAUUUGGUGCUGGAAGACCGAGAGGGUGGAUCUAAAUCUGACAUGGAAGACUUCACUGGUUCUUGUACAAGUCUGUCAGAACAAAAUCAGUCUUGGUUGCGAGACCCAGAUGACUGUGUGUCAACCCCCUCAGGGACCCCCAGUGCCUCCUGUGGGCUCAACUCACACAGUGUGGAGAACUGCAGUGAUGCUGGUGAUGGGUUGGAUGGAAGUGUGGCUUCUCCCAGUACAGGAGAAGAAGAUGAAUCAGACAGAGACAGGCGAAACAACAAGAAAAGAGGAAUCUUUCCCAAAGUUGCAACUAACAUUAUGAGAGCUUGGCUCUUUCAGCACCUGUCGCAUCCGUACCCAUCUGAGGAACAGAAAAAACAGCUCUCGCAGGACACAGGUCUCACCAUACUGCAGGUCAAUAACUGGUUUAUAAAUGCCAGACGCAGAAUAGUCCAGCCAAUGAUUGACCAAACAAAUCGCUCAGGCCAGAGUGCUCCGUACAGUCCAGAAGGGGCAGCACUAGGAGGAUAUGGUUUAGAUGCUCAGUCCCAUUUAGGUUUAAGGACUGCAGGACUUCAGGGACUGCCAUCCCUGCCCACAGAUUACCCCGGGGCACUUCUGCCCCAACCUGGAUACUCUCACGCAGGCCCGUCUUUGCACCCCUACCCCGGCCCACACACUGCCAUGCUGCUUCAUCCACCCCCUCAUAGCCACCCCAGCGAAACCCUCAUAGGACAAGGGCUUGACAUACAUGCCCACUGAGGGAUGGAAGGGUACAUUGUAAUCGGACUUUGCAGUACCACAGCCCACUACCCUCAGCAAACCUUCAGGGCAUCACCACAAAAUGACUAUGAGAAUGUCUUAAAUGCACUGACCUGGCAUCAUAAAUGUAUCGAAAUGUUCAUUUUAUGCACUCAGCUCCCACGCGAUGCCCAUUCCAAAUGCCUGACAGACUUGUUACAUUCCUUAUCAACAUUUAUUACUAUCAUCUCAUUGCUCUUGAUGCACUGUACUCAAUUCAGUAUUUACUAGUUGUAAUGCACAUUGCUGCAUUUGAUUGGAUACACCCAUGUCUUCCUAUGGCCUUAAGGGCGAUAUGAAAUCUCCCUUAAUCUAACAUUAAGGCCUUCAUUGCCUUUCUUGCCUUGCCUCCGAAAACCCUUUUUGAGGAGCACAAACGGAAAACAGCAUAUACCUCCUCAUUCAGGACUCAAAUAUAUCAGAAAGUCCUGAAAUUGUCUUCUGAGAUAAACAACUGCACCAAAUCCUGCUGAACAUGGUUAAUAAAGUGUAAAGGGUGGAGCUCAUGAAACAUGACCAGGUCACUUUCCAUCCCCAAAUUUAAAGGUUUUGCACUGGAAAGCUAUUGUGAGAAAAUUGAUACAGUUUUUUUUUCUUUUCUUCAGAUAAUUAAGAAACAUUUCCAAUGAUGUUAUUCCCUCUCGCAUUUUAUUUGAUUAUUAUUCCUUUUUUUUCCUCAGUAAAUGAGUUUAUUGAAG